GUUGAGAAACUUCCAUGUUUGUAACCGGUAAGUCAGAGUGGAGGCGGUCAUGGCGGCGACGAAUAUUUGUCAUUGGUCCAAGGUCUAAACAGACGAUGCGCGGUCAUGCCCGGGGGCAGGAAGAGUCUGUGUCCGCAUACCGCUGGAUAAAACACCGCUGAGUGAAGUGGCUUCGACAGAUACCAGCGCCGUGCUGCUGUCAGAGCCAGUGCUCCACCCUGCCGGUGUUUAGCUGGCGACGGUGAUGCUGAGGAAGAAGGCAGGUUGUCGGAUAUUUACUCAAGUCUUUCUGUCAGUUGUCUGUUGAGGAGCCGCUGACUUUACCGGUUGAGGUUGAGCAGGCUUCUCUGUGAGCUGUGGCUGUUUAUAUAGAUUAUUACCAUGCUUCUGUCACACUUGGAGCUGUGGAGAACAUACUGGGAAUGUGUCUCCAGGCCUUACACGGUGUUCAUCUGCUCCCUCACGGCCGCACUGUACUAUCUGUGGGGCCGCAAGUGUCAGACACCAGCUCUGGUCUGUAGUGAGGCCUUCAGUGCAUUCCUUUACAAGCACUGUCCUUUGGUAGGAGAGCGCUUCAGUCCCACUCCGUGGUGCUGGGGAGGCCGCCUUCAAACCCUUGUCUGUGCACUCCUCAAAUCCAGACCCUCCAUCACUUAUCGCAAUGAGAGGAUCCGCACAGUUGACGGCGGUCAGAUUUCUCUGGACUGGGUCGACAAUCAGACCAGCGUGACCUACCCACAAUCUUCCUCCCGUCCCACAGUACUGAUCCUCCCAGGCCUGACAGGCACUAGCCAACAGCCCUAUGUGCUCCACACCAUCAACCAGGCCACCCGCCGCGGCUACAGAUGUGUGGUUUUCAACAACAGGGGAGUUGGACAGGAAGAAUUGUUGACGCCCGUCACCUAUUGUGCAGCUGACACCUCAGAUCUUGAGUAUGUGGUGCAACAUGUCAAAGGACUUUACCCACUUGCCCCUGUGCUUGGUGCUGGUGUGUCUAUGGGAGGAAUGUUGUUGUUAAACUACCUGGGCCGUAAACGCACAAAGUCGGGGUUGGUGGCCGGAUUUACAAUCUCUGUUCCCUGGGAUGCACAGAAAUCCUCCGACUCUAUGGAAGAACCACUCAACUGGUUGCUCUUUAACACAUACCUCACAAACGGCCUAUGUAGUGCUGUCACCAGGCACAGGAAGAUGCUUGAAAAAGUGGUAGAUAUUGACUAUGUCCUGAAGGCUCGGACUGUCCGCGAGUUUGAUGAGCGCUUCACUACGUUGCUUUUCGGUUACAAAUCCUGUAAGGAAUACUACGUCGCUGCCAGCCCAGAUAGAAAACUCCACAAUACUACAGUGCCCAUACUGUGUCUCAACGCUGCUGAUGAUCCCUUCUCUCCCCAGAAUGCCUUCCCUGUGACCAUCGUCCAGAGCCUGCCUAAUGUUGCUCUGCUGUUGACGUCUCAUGGUGGACACAUCGCCUUCUUGCAGGGUUUCUUUCCCAGCGGUGAGAGCUACAUGGAGCGGCUGUUUGGCCAGUUUGUCCAAGCGGUCUUUGAACACCCGAAGGACAUCAAGAAAGCCUGUGGCAUCAAGGUGAAGUAGAUGAUGGUAUAGUGGAGUAACUCCCUCUCUUGUGAUGAAAACAAAGGCAUUGCAGCAGUAGAAGAGCAAUUCAUGAGAAAAAAAAAAGAAGCAUUGCUCAGCUCUGCAUGCUGCUGUUCUGCCACAGAAAUGUUGCGUCUCCUUCAUGUCGACACCGAGAACGACCGACUGUAUUGUACAAUCCCGUGACCUCACAGCAGUUAUGCAAAUCUACCUCUCAUUGUCUCGAGUUUUCUUUCAACGAGCAAUCAAAGACGGUCGCAAGAAGUGGACAAUAUGCGCACAAUAUCUUCACAUAUUCAAGGGAUCUGGUCACAAACUGUUUGGCGGACAUUGUCUCAAUCCUUCCAUUCCACUUUGACAUGAAGCACUGUAUGUUAAGUUAGUUUGUGUUGAAAACAUUAUUAUUCCAAGUUAGAACACUGGUGCUUGGUAAAAUGAUUUUUUAAGUAGAAAUGAAGUGAAUAUGUGGUAAUAGACCGGUGAAGUUGUAGAUGUACUCUUUCGUUUGCCUUAGUCUUCUUUGGUUUCACAAUAUUUUCUGCCUCAAAGUAUUAUUCUUCCCCCCUAUUUUCCUCCUGCAUGCAUAUUUUACAUACCGUAGACACAAGACUACAGUAGAGGUAAUCCUGUUUAAUGCUCAGCUGUAAAUCCCAUACUGGAUUAACACUCGCACAGUAGGAAUACACUUUAUCUUACUGUAUUUUCCAUGAAGAAAAAUAUGCAAUUAUAAACUAGGUUCAUAAUCUGUGAAUUUAUUUAAAAAACAAACGAACAAAAAAAUCUGUAUGUGAGGUAGUAUAUGCGUGUGUAGUUGGUAUGUAAAUAAUGCAGUACAUCAGAGGCAAAAUAGUUGACUCGUUAAAAACUGGUUACGCUGGUUACAAUGUGGUGUUUGUGUGUUAUAAUUUCCUCUAUCUUUUACGCUCAUUGUUAUUUGGGGAAUGAGUGACAGAAGAAGGAACGCAGCUCCUCUUGUCAAUCACUGUAUAUAAUUCACUAAAAGCUGCCAUUUUAUGACUCCUCUUUCCAAUAUUAUACAAGUACAUAUGAAGAUUGUAGCAGCCAAUUCUGCUCAUUUUAGCAGCAUUUUAGCAGUUUUUUUUUGUUUUUGUUUUUAAGUAAUAUUUUUUCCCGGAUGAAAUUUGGUCUUGCAACAUUUAUUUUCUCAAAAGGUUUUUGCAGUUGAAAGCUAUAUUCAGUGGUAGUUCUUUGCUGUAUAUAAGUUGAUGGGCACUUUUUUUCCAUUUGAACUGUGUGAGCUUUUAAAAAACGACGUCGGUGAAGAUUGUCAUCUUAAAGUCCUCUGGGCAUUCUGGACUAUUUGUGUGCUUAUUGGUCACUGAAUUACACUUGAAUUAAAUAAUGACAACCUAAAUGUUAUCUCAAAUGGUGAUUUUAAAUGGAGUCAUUUUAACAGCGAUGCUUAUCUCAUCUCGGCCUGCGUUUGUUGUGAUUAACGCCGUCACCCGUGCUACUUCUAUGGAAAAAUGUGAUCAUGCGCUGCCUGUCAGUGUGAAAUCCAAGCCCUUUUAUCUGCGAGUGGAGGGGUCAUUAAUGUCGUUGAUUAACCAGACUGUGCAUCAAUAAUUAACUGUAAACAAUAAAGGCCCACGCCCUCUGUCACAGUGCUAA